AUGCGAUCUCUCAUCGUGCUUGCCUUCGUAGGCAUGUCCGUUGCCUUCCCUUUCGGCGCCAACUUCGAAGCUCGCCACAACCGCCCAAAACACCAUCCCAAGCCCUCUGGAACCGGCUACCCCCACCCUCCUCCAGCCUUCCCAACGGGUACCCGUCCUCAUCCCUAUCCAACUGGCACCGCACCUCCCUUUCCCUCCGGCACCGACAACGGCGCCAUGUCAGCUCUACCGUGGGGUCCAAUUCCCACGCCCGCUCCUGUUGAACGCAGCCUUGAGAUCGACUACCAUCUCGCGCCUAGGCAUGAGGAACCAUUCUCCGCGAUCCUUUCGGGGGGAGAUGCGAGGCCUCAUCGCGGAGAUGGAUACGCCCACCCAACGGGUACGCAGAAGCCGCAUCAUCCAAAGGGGACGGGAAGGCCCCAUGGUACCGGGAAGCCACAUCAUAGCGGCAGGCCUCAAGGGACGGGCAAGGGCGGACCGAGACCGACGGGCUUGCCGCCGAUGAUGUAG